AUGAAAAAAAAUCCUAAUAAUAGCAAACAUGUAGAUAACAAAUGUGUAGAUCAAAAAUGUUUAGAUGCAAAAUGUUUAGAUGCAAAAUGUUUGGAUAACAAAUGUUUAGAUGCCAAAUCAAUGCACCAUGGUGACCACGAUGAAACAAAUACUGAAUGCGCAUAUAUAAAUAAGGAAGAUGUUGAUACAAAUAUUGUUAAUAAAAAAUUGUCUAUGCUCUUAAAACAAUACAAAAUAGAGAAUAUUAAAAAAAGGAAACACUUUAAUUUAGUAUUAUUAUUAAAAAACAAACAAAAAAGUUUAAAAAAAAAAUGUUUAAAAAAAAAAAGAAAAAACAAAAAAAAUAUCCUAACCAGUGAUUAUUUAAACAUAUUAAAAUCGGAAAAAGAAUAUUUAGAUAAAUAUGAACAAGAUAAGUUACUUUUAAAUAAUAUAAAAAGAUAUGAUAUUAAUAAUGAUUUAUUAAACGAUGGAUCAUAUUCUAUUUUUUUUUACAAUGUUUUUAUUCAUGGCUUAUAUAUAAAUAAAGACAGUGCCAAAAUAAUUAAAUCUACAGACCCCCAAAAUUUAACAAAAAAUAAUACGACCAAUAAUAAUAACCAAAAUGAUGACGAAGAACAGUGUCAAAAUUGUUCAAAAAAAAACAGUGAUUUAAAAAAAAAAAUAUUUUUUUUUAAUGGCCAUCAAGCAAUAUUAUCUAUAGCAAACUAUUUUAAAACACUUUUAAACAAUUUGCAAAAUGAAAAUAUAACAAAUAAAUCUUUUCAUUUUAUUGAAUAUGCACAAAUGGAAGAAAAUAAAGAAAAAUAUAAUAUGACCAAUUUGCAAACUUAUGAUAUAAACUUAUCUACUGAUAAAAAUUCUAAUAAUAUUGAAGAGACUGUCAAUAAUAUAUCACCAAAUAAUAAUUGUGAAAAUUUCCAAUCACCCUCUACUCAAAAUAUAGAUACAUAUGAAGAGAAAAACAAAAACCCAAUAAAAAUAAACGAUGCAAAUUUUAAUAAGAUUCUAAACACUUUUGUAUCUGAAUUAAAAACAUUUUUCUUUUCAAUAAUUUCGAAAGUAUCAUCACCUAAACUUAUUGCUAAAUUAAUUGUAAUCUUUUCAAAACUUUGCUUAUUAUUAAAUCCAUAUUAUCUUAAUACAACUCACUUUAUCGAAAUUUUAACUGACUUUUCAAAUAUAAUUCCGAUUAAAUUUAUAAAAUAUUUUGUUAAUUUCUUUAUAAAAAAUAAAAAUAAUUUUAUAUCAAAAUAUAAACAAUUUCAAAAUAAUGUCAUUUUUAAUGAUGUCAUAAAAAUACAAACAAUCGGAGCAAAGCUAAUUGGUUUUAUUAAAAUUUUACAAAAAAAAUGUAAUAAUAAUGAAAAAAAAGAAUCUCAAAAUGUUUUUUUUUUAAAUAUAUUAUUAUCUGAAUGCUUGCCAAUUAAUCAUUUAGGGUUUUGUAAUAGACAGUCUCUAAAAAAUAAUAUUAAUUUUUUUUUUUACGACUCUUUUAAAUCUCACGUAGAUACAGAAAAUGAUCACUCUGUUAUUUAUGACCAAUUUCAAUUAAACAUUAAAAAAAAUAUUGGAAAUUAUGAACAAUUAAAACAUAUCAUACAUUCACAAAUACAAAAUCAAUUAUUCAAAAAUGAAAGUUUAGAUCAACAUGACCAAACUGGUACACCCCAAUUGAAACAAAGCGAAAUUUAUAAUAAUAAUAAUAAUAAUAAAAACCAGCACACACAAAAUGACCAUAAUACAAUUCGUUCAAAUAACACAUCUGCAUCUAUUUUAGAUGCUCAAAUGGGUUCUGAAAAAAAUGAACCCAAUUCUGUUAAAAAAAAUAUCGAAGAAAAUAAUGAAAAUCAAAAACACAACCAUAAAAGAAAACUAAACGAAGAUAUAUCUCUAGACGAUUUAAAACCAGAAAAAAAUCAAAAAAUAAGUUCAAAUGAAGAAAUUAAUGUAAAAAAUAAGCCAAUUGAAAAUUAUAAUGUAUAUAUUUCAUAUAUCUAUAUUAUUAUGUUUAUAAAAUAUCCAGAAAUGUUCAUUUCAGAAACAAAAACAGAAGAAUUAGAAGACAUAUAUAAUGCAUUUAAAACAUUUUAUUCAUAUACAAAAAAUUUAAAAAAAACAAAUAUAUUAAAUAUAAAUACUAUAAAAGAAUAUCUAUAUAAUGCAGAUUUUGAUUUUUUAGGAAAUAGACAUAUAUAUAAUAUGUUAAUACAUGAUGAAAACUUUUUAAAUAUAUAUUUUUUCAAAAUACUUAUGGCAUUAAAUUUUUUAAAUUGUGAACUUAAUAUAUUAAAGAAAAAAAAAAUAAUAACUAAUCAAGAUACAAGUAAUGAAAAUAAAAAUAAUAAUACAUCUUCCAAUAAUAACACUAAUGAAGAUAAUAACAAUAUUUCAUCAGGUGCAAGAAUAAUAAAAUUAAAUCAAAAAGAUAUGAAAGAAAAUAUUAACAGUAAUACAAGUACUACCACAAUUUCAAUGAGCAAUAGUCAUGAUAAUAAAAAUACAAAAUCUAAACAUCUUGAUACAAAAAAUAAUUCCCAGAAUAACUCAAAAAAAUAUAGUGAAAAAACUAAAGAAAUUAUGUACAAUUUUAUGACAGAUUUAAUUAAUUAUUUAGAAAAUUCGAAAAACUAUAAUCAUUUUAAAUUAUUAUUAUCUACAGAAUAUUGUUGGUAUAUUUGGAAAAAAAAAUUUAUAACAAAACAAUCUAAAGAUAACUUUGAUACAAAUUUCCAAUUUAAAAAUAUAAAUAUAGAUAUGCUAAAAAUAAAUAAUAAUUAUCCUGAUAUCGAAAAUGAAGCUAAUAAUUAUAGUAAAAAAAUAAUAAAUAAUAAUUCACCUCUUUAUAAUUUAAUAAAUAUAGUUGAGAACUAUGAGACAUUAAAUAAUAUAAUGAGUUAUUAUUAUGAAAUGAAUCAAAAUAAUCAAAAUGUUACUAAAAAUAUUUAUCAAUACACAAAAGUUCUAGAUACUGUCCCUUCUGACAAUACAAAUAUAACUGAUUCAAAUCAAUUAUCCAAAUCUAAUAUUGCAUCUAACGAAUUGAAUAAUAAAUCUAAGAAUAACACAUCUACUAAUCACAAACUUUUAAAAAAUAUGAACAAUUAUUUACUCGAAAUUAACAAAAUAUAUUUAAGAAGAGAAAGCGAAUUUUGGGAAAUCGAUGAUGAUGAAACUAUUACUAAUUCUAAGAAAAAUGAAAAUGAAAAUAAAUUAUUAAUAGAAAAAUUAAUUGACAAAUUAGAAGAUUAUAAAAAAAAAAUGGAUAUUGAUAAUGACCCAAUUAAUGAAAUCGAAGAAGAUGAAAAAAGUAAAAAUAAUCCAGUUUUUAAAUUUAGAUUAGCUAAAUUAUUUAUUCUUAAAUAUAUAGAUUUGUAUACUAUUGUAAAAAAUAAAGAAUUAUCAACCAAUUGUGAUUUCUUAUAUAAUUUAAUGAUACAAAUGGAUAAAAAUUUAGAAAAAAAAAAACAACUUUUAGACAAAAAACAAAUUGAAGAAGAAUCACAUGAAAAAACACUUUGA